AUGCCGCGAGCGCCAAUUCAACGUGCAUUCUGGCGGACGAUCGCCUCUACAGGCGGACCAACCGCGGCUGUUCUCGCCCUGUACAACCCCUCUGUCGCAGUGACUGUGCUAGACCGAGACCCUCGUCGCAUUCAGAGCUGGAAGUCGGCGCAUCUGCCUGUGCAUGAACCUACGCUCUACAAUGUGGUGCGGGCGACGCGCGAUGGCUCGGACCCCAACCUCUUCUUCACAUGCGACUCGACGACCAUUGCAGACGCAGACAUGAUCUUCUUGGCCGUCAACACUCCCACCAAGACCUUUGGCCUCGGCGCCGGCAGAGCCACCGACAUGACAGCCGUCGACGGCGCCGUGCAAGAUAUUGCACGACACGCAAAGCCGGGAGCUAUCAUUGUCGAGAAGAGCACCGUGCCAUGUGGAUCAGAAAUGAUACUAACAGAGCAGCUCUCCACCCUCCGCCCUAACACCCCCUUCGAAGUCCUCUCCAACCCCGAAUUCCUCUCCGAAGGCUCCGCCAUCGACAACCUCGUUAACCCAGACCGCGUCCUAAUCGGCUCCUCAGGAACAGCCCCAGGCCGGCGCGCAGCCCGCAUGCUCGCGCACCUCUACUCCUCCUGGGUCCCACCCACGCGCAUCCUCCAAGUGAACGCCUGGUCAUCAGAGCUGGCCAAACUCGUCGCCAACGCUAUGCUCGCCCAGCGCAUCAGCAGCAUCAACUCUAUCAGCGCGAUCUGCGAAAAGACCGGCGCCAAAGUCGACCAAGUUGCGCGGGCCAUCGGCAUGGACGCGCGCAUCGGUCCACAGUUCCUCAAAGCAGGAGUAGGGUUCGGCGGAUCCUGUUUCCGCAAAGACAUCGCCAGUCUGACCUAUCUCGCUGAAUCAUUGGGGCUAGACGAAGUAGCGCACUACUGGCGCCAGGUCAACGCUAUGAACGAGUACCAGCGCGUACGGUUCGCAAGGAGAGUCAUCGACCGUUUCGAUGGGAAUCUGUCCGGGAGGAAGAUUGCUGUGCUGGGGUUCGCGUUUAAAAAGGAUACGGGGGAUACGCGCGAGUCGCCUGUUGUUGACGUCAUCAGGGUGUUGCUUGAGGAGAGGCCAGCUGAGAUUGAUAUUUUUGAUUUGUUCUGUCAUGAGGAGGAUAUCCUGCGUGAACUGGAAGCUGCCUGUGGGAAGGAGACUGUGGCUGCUAGGGUUAAGGUCCUGUCGGAUCCGUAUUUGGCGUGUUCACAGGCUAAUGCGGUUUUGGUCAUGACGGAUUGCGAUCAGUUCAAGAAUGGACGGAAGCGCAGUGGAGCGGGGCUUGGGGGUUCUGCUCGCUCGGACUCGGAGGCGUAUGAGAGUCUGGAUGAGAUGCUUUCCCCGGCGCGCAAGGAUGAGACGUGGGCGUUUCAGGGAGUUACGUAUAGAUUGACGCCGGAGGAAGGGUGUGGGAAUGACUGCGCGGCGUGUCGGAGCUGGGCGCCGCGGUCUGUGGCUGUGGCUAACGAGCCAUUGGAGUGGGCGCGCAUCGCGUACAACCUGAAGGAUCCGAAGUGGGUGUAUGAUGGACGGGGAAGUUUAGAUGGGGCGGAGCUGGAGAGGUUGGGGGUGGAGUGUGAAGCUAUUGGACGGAUGUAA